AUGGAUUUUGACGACAGAUACGAUCAAUAUUUAAAUCCGACUACAACAACAAGUUUUACAGGCGCCGCAUACAGAUCAAUGCAUAGCUCCAUACGUGGCUUUAUUGACUUGGUAAGUGAAGCUCGGAAAACAACAUCUAGAAUACGGAUAAGUGAUUUCUUUUUUAAACCGGACAUAGUACAAAGACAAGAUAAUUACGAUAGCUUUACCAGAGGAUUACUUACUCAACAUGCACAAGAAGUAGAUCAAUAUUUUACAGAAGAGAUAAGUGAAUCAGCAAUCAGAAUUCCGGAAAGACAUCAAAAAGUCGACCUGGUCAGCAUAGACAUGGCACGCGGUAGAGAUUUCGGAGAGCCGCCUUAUAAUAAAUUUAGGCAACUCUGCGGAUUGAGAGAGGCCAAGACCUUUGACAGCUUGAUCGAUCAAAUGGAUAAAAAACAUGUUGAGGCCUUAUCAAAGAUUUACGAACACGUGGACGAUAUCGACUAUUACGUUGCUGGUCUCUUGGAAAAAUCAAAACCCGGAUCUCUGUUGGGCCACACGUUCCAAUGUGUAGUGGGAGAGAUGUUUUUCAGAUUCAAGUAUGGCGAUCGAUAUUAUUACGAAUUCGGGAAUCAGCUUGGUUCUUUUAAACUAGAACAACUCAAUGAAAUAGCAAAACGACAUUGGCACUCCUCGUGUGUUUAA